AUAACACUGGAAUGUCAUGCAAUCAGCGACCUUACCAGUUCCCAAACUCUUUUUCAUUAAGUAGUGAUCACUACCUAUGAAACCAGUCAGCGUAGCAAAAAAACGAAACCAACAAAAAUCCUAAAAGUGCUUCGGAUCCUCGGCUGUAGUGGUGCUAUUGCAAAACUUGCAGGUGGCUGAAAAUGCUGGAAUUAUCCAUACUGAAGAUUGAGGACCCUAGCUGCAUGUGGAGUAGGAUUAUGAAAGGUCCAGGGGUUCAGGUGGGGAGCCAGAAGGAUUAUGAUAACCUGCAGAUGGAGAUGAACCUUUUCUUCCAUGAUGUAAAUCUAGAUCCUCAGUCUGUGAAACCUUCCUCCCUAAAGAAGGGGCAGUUGUGUGUGGUGUUUUCCCCUCUGUUGCUGAGCUGGUGUCGUGCCAUUGUGGAGUCUGUGUACCAGGGGGCAGAGGAGACCAGAGUCACCUGCUUCCUGGUAGACCAUGUGGAGGAUGUCAGUGUCACUGCGGACCGUGUCUAUGCUCUCUUGGAGAGGUUCCUUCACCUGCCUUUCCGUGUGAGAAAGUUCCAGCUGGCCGGCAUCUAUCCCCUCAGUCUGCGCGUGUCCAUCAUCGAUGCCAAAGCAGAGCUGGUACCAUCAGUGCGAUGGGACAGCUCUGCUACAAGAUACUUGUACAUCCUCUGGCAAGCCUCUUCUCAGGUGGAGGCAGUGGUGUGCGGAUUACAGGAUGAUUGCCUGGAAAUUGAACUCUAUUUAACUAUUAACCGUGUGAAGAUCUGUGCGAAUCACGAUCUGCUGGCGAAAAGGUUUGCCUGCACCAAGACUGAGAAGGAGAGUUUACAGAAGGAGGGGAAAGGUCUCCCACCUGUCUUUAUGAAAGGCGACAUGUUCUCCAGCCCUGAGAAAUUCCUGGCCCAGAAUGGAUUUGAGGUGAAGUUAGCCCCACCCAACGGUGUGCGUUAUGAAGUCUCCACUGGUCCCAUGCCAGAAUUGGACCAGAUACCAGAGUUGUUGUCGUCAGCACAGACCACAGAUGAGACAGCAUGUGGGGAAGUCUAUAGAGGCGUCCAGAAAACUCUCAGUGAAAUGGUUCUGGAAGAGCCACGUAGUGCCCAACCAAUCACACAGAAACCGACACAAACCCCAGAUAGGCCGUGUGACUCUGAGCCGGAGGAUACCUGCACUGGACCUAUUCCACCACUAGACCUUGAGGUUGAGGAGAAGAAUAGCCCAAGUUCAGAACCUGUGUCGUCGCUUGCAGAUGAAGUAAUGGCAGAGUUGAAGCUGUUCAGGUAUCUGAAGUUUUUGAAUCCUGAUGCUGUUGGUGGGUUUGAGAAGUCCAAGGUAGACCUGAGCUGUGUGUCUGAUGGUAGAAAUGGCCUCACCCAUGGCUUUGAACUAGCUAAGAGAAAGACAAAGGAGAAGGCUGAGGAGGAGGCUGAGGAGAAGGCUGAGGAGGAAGCUGAGGAGAAGGCUGAGGAAGAAGCUGAGGAGAAGGCUGAGGAGGAAGGCACUCUUCCCGAGUUGCCUCCGCUGCAGGAUCAUGACCUGGUCAGCUCUGUGCUCAUCAAGACUGAUACUGCCUUUUCUUCCAAUAGCCCUAGUGCUAAAGACUGGACACGGGUGAAGAACUUCACCCCGCAGCCAAAAACUGAAGAGGAGCUGGCUGCUGCUCGUUUGCUGGAGUGGCUCAACCCUGGCCCACUAAAUCUCGACGCAGAGGACGAUGACGUUACAGUUGCACCCUCUGACCCCAAGAGGAAUGGGGUUCUAGUCCAUUCUUCUGUUUCCAUAGAACCUUGGCAAAGCCUGGCUCACUCCCCGAUCUCCGACCACUUCAAACGGUACCUGAAGAGGGUAAAGUACACUGGUCCUGAUGUGGCUCAGAGGUACUGCUGGCCCCAUGUGUUUCGAGGCAACGACACGCUGUUGGUGACACACUCAGGCCAGGACCCACUGAACUACCUCCCCCCGCUGAUCACUCACAUCCAGAACGCCUCCGUCCACUGCUCCCUCAUGACAUGCACUGGGCCCAUAGCGGUGAUCCUGUGCCCUAGCUGGGAGAAGGUGCAGGCUGUAUUCGACCUGCUGGAAACUAGCCGAGCCAUUCAGCACCUCAACCCAGCUCUGGUGCUGCUGGGGCAGGACAAGGAAGAGGCCAAAGCCUUCAGGAUCCAGAAGAACUGUCAGCUUCUGGUGACGACGCCCUUCACGCUGGUGCGACUGCUGGAGGCCCACUGCAGCAUGUUCCUGCGCUUGUGCCACCUGGUGAUGGACGAGGUGGAUAUGCUCUUCUCCAGAGCCCCCAAAGAGAUGGAGGUGGUUCUGAAGCACUUCCGGAGCGUGGUGUCCAGCACUGACCGGUCCCGGACCCCGCAGCAGCUGGUCGCCGUUGGCAGCAGGUGGAACGUGCUAAUGGAGAGCCUGAUUAAAGACUACAUGAGGGACGCCACUGUCAUCAUUACAGUCCCAAAAGAAGCUGCCCUGUAUGGAGGCGUGCACCAGAUGAUCCUGCUGUGUCUGGACUGUGAGAAAACGACAGGGACACUCAGGGCUCUGGACUUCUCCCCCUCCACCCCCCAGAAGACCGUCAUCAUCACCAGCUGCAUAGAUGAGCUAGAGCAGGUCUUUGAGGCUGUUGCCAACUCCUCAGCUCUGGCUCUGAAAGCCCAUGAGGGUUUGACACACCAGUUUGACUUUGUGAUGGAGCGCUGGAAGAAAGCCAUUGGAGCAGGGACCCACAUCAUCCUGGUUACUACUGAGAAGUGUCUGAAAGCCUUAGGAGUGGAUGAUGCAACAUGUGUGGUUCAUUAUGGGUUUCCAACGUCACCAAAACUGUUUGGCAGUCAUCUGUUCUGCAUGUCUGGCAACUUUCGAGUCCUCUCCGACAAGUACCAUCCUGAGAAUGGUCCUUCCGCCACCAACUCAAUCCUGUUGCUGACGGAGAAGAAUGCGCGCCAUGUGUCGGGGGUGCUGCGCUACCUGAGGCGCACCGAUGCCCUGCUGCCCACUGAGCUCCUCGAUUUUGCUCAGGGCGUCCAGCUGGCCAAGGAGGAGCAGAAGGCCCACAGGCCCCUGUGUGGAUACCUGAAGAGCCUAGGCUUCUGCAGGGAUACUGGAGUGUGUCCUGACAGACACAUUCUAGACAAAACUCAAGAUGAUCCCAAGCAUCUGGAAACUGGAAUGGUUGUGGUCGUGCCCCUGUACAUCAAGAGUGCCACUGUGUACUACGGGCGCCUUGUCCGCCAGGAUGACGCCCGCUUUGAGAAGCUCUCUUCCCAGAUGGCUGCCCACUAUGCCAUAGAGCGCCGCUGGGCCACUGAAGUGGUGGAAGGAGAGCUGUACGCCUUUCAGCUGGAGGACGAGUACCACAGGGUGCGUGUGGUAGCUGUGCCGGAUAAAGGCAACCGCCUUUUCAGCAGUGUGAUGGUGCACUUCCUGGACGAAGGAAGUACACAGGAAGUGAAGUCACACCAGCUGCUGCAGCUGCCCCCUGAGUUCCAGGACAUGCCUCCCCAGGCGGUGGAGAUCAUCCUGUGUGGGGUCAGGCCCAUCGACAACGAGGUGGACUGGAAUCCAAAGGUGACGAGGGCCAUCAGUCAGAAGAUCAGAGGAAAGCAGCACCAGGCUAAGGUGGUCAUGUGUCUGGGUAACACCGUCUGGGUCAACCCCAUGGUGCGGAGGAUCCCUGCACCUCUCCUGAAGACCUUCAUCAAUGAAUACAAUGUCUACAGUGAGGUGCUGUCCACAGGCAUGGGCCUAGCCAACACUGAACACAUGAACCUGCUGAAGGGGGCUCUGGAGGGGCCUGAGGGAGUUGUACAUCAACAACUUUUCCCACAGUCUGAAAACCACUCUGAGGCUACACUAGAUUUAAAUGAACGUACCCCAUAUGACGCUCAGGAUAGGAGCGAGAACGUCUCAGGAGAGAGCCUUGUCCCUGGGCUGGAGAUGCUAACUGAGCCCCCCAAAGAUGGAGUUGGAGGUCACUGAACCCCAUGUGGAGAUGGAGUUGGAGGUCACUGAACCCCUCAGCCUGAAGAGCAUGCUAUCAGACUGCAUAUCAGGGGGUUUUGGGAGCUCAGCACCUGGUAGAGAGAUGGAUAUGCCCCUUCUGAAGCAGGAUGAAUUGGAGGGAUUCUCACCCCAAAGCUGGACUCCAUCAGUUAAUACCCCAUGUGGAAAUGGAAUUGAUGAGCAGGUUGUCAGCCCUCGUAUCAACUUAAAGAAAACCCUUGAAGUGGACAGUCCUAAAAGUUUUCACCCUCAGUUGAAGUGGUUUCAGAGGCAGGAUGUAGUCAUCUUGCGGGUGAAACUUAUGAAUCCUGUGAUGCAGACGUGCAACUUCUUCCCCGACAGAGUGGUGUACAGUGCAUAUGCGAAUGGUAAGCACUAUCGUGCUGACAUGGAGCUACUGAAUGAAAUCAGCGCUGACAGGUGCUCAUGGGAUAUGAAGUGUAACGAGCCUGAGGUCAGACUGGUGAAAAAGGAGAAAGGAGAGUGGAGAGGACUCGUGAAGCAGAAGAAUGCUUUUGUCAGUUAUGACUUUGAUCACAUGGAGGACGAAAAGAUUAACUCUACAGCCGGACAGUGGUUUGCGGCCAACACAGGAGAGGAUGGCUGUUACGUGACCUCAGAGAGUGGGAGCGAAAGCGACUGAAAUGUCCCUCAUUACAGCACAUUGUAACAGUAUAUUAACUGGUAGGAAUAUCCUACUUGGAAAAGUGCAACUUAUGUUGCAGAAAUAUAUGUUUGUAUUAAUUACUUAAAUAAAAGUGUUUACUUUAAUUUUCUUAGUAUUUGGUUCCCUAUGCUGCCAAGAAAGUCAGACUAUAUCAGGAGAUGGCUGGCAGAGACAAAAGUCAUACUUUUAAUUUGAUAUCAGAUUUUUGCUUGUCUCUUGUGUGUAGCCUUGUGUGGAAUCACUUCAAUAAACUGAUGGUUCAGUCUUAA